CCUGGAUACAGCAUGACUUCUCCCAUCCCCUUGGUCAAAUGCAAACUUUUGUUUGGUCGACAGUCCCAAGGCCACUCUAGCUUUGACUAUUCUGGAAGGAUGGAUAUCGAUGCUCAGAGUCCACGCCAGAUCUACAUUCCUGAUUUCUUCUGCGUUUGAUGCAUCAUUCUCUCUGUCUCCUGCUGCGUUUUCCGAGCAGGGUUGUGCCGUGGUGGCGGAGAAUGUGGAUGAACGAAUCGCUUGAUGCGCUACCCCCAACCCGCUACGGGUCAGUUGACCUGUCAAACUCUCAGCCGGUGACACCAGCAGAUCAUCUCCGUUCUGAGGGGGUGGCUGUGGACGCUCAGUGUCCCCACGGGCCUUAUAAGUGGUCCGCUAAGCCUUCACUGCACCCCUGCUGAACAACGGAGAAGACUUCUUCUCAUCCGCGACAUUCCCGGUCAACUCCCCCGUGUCUCGCCAGACGCCGUGGACAUGCUCAGCUGCAUCUGAGGACGACGCGGUCGCUACUGUGCAGGCCGCUGCAGCAAUCUUCCCGUAUCAGUCGAAAAGCCGUCUCGCUACGCGUCGCGCGAUCUUUCUUAAGGCAGCGGACUUGCUUGACGAGCGCACCGAGCAGCUAAAAGAACAAGAGUCUCAAGGGACGGGAGCUUCGGAGGACUAAACAGACUUUGACAUCGCGACGGCCGCUGGCGAGCUCCGGGAUAUUUGAGGCCGCUGCAGCGCAAUCAUGGGGAGCAUAUCCAUGACUCAAGAGCAGGGGAUCGGUGUACUGGUGCUCAAGGAACCCUACGGUGUCGUGCUAGGCUUCGCCCCGUGGAAUGCUGCAUAUAUCCUGGGCUUCAGAGCAGUCAUUACUCGCUGUUCCUAUAACAACGGACGCAACUUCACCGACGCCGGACUACCCAAAGGCGCUCAGAACGUGAUCUAUACCCCCCGCGACUCUCCUGCUCAGAUCACGACUCUCCUGAUCGAGUCCCCUGCUGUCAAGAAGCUUAACUUUACGGGAAGCAACGCAGUGGGAACCAGCAUCUGCGCAGCCGCUGGCAGAGCCCUCAAGCCCCGUCCAAUGAAACUCGGCGGCAAAGCAGCGGCUGUCGUGCUGGGCGAUGCUGAUCUCGAGAUGGCUGCCUCCCAGCAUGUUCUAGGUGCAUUCAUGAAGGCGAGCCAAAUGCGCAUGGGCGUCGAGCGCAUCAUCGUGCAAGAACCCAUCGAAGACCAAUUCUUCGGCGAGCAGCGCAAGAAUUCCAACCUGCUAACGCGCUGUCUCCCAUCUUCUUACAGGCUGCGGACGAAGCAGUUAGGAUCGCCAACGACAGCGAAUGUGGACCGAAUGGGGAUGUGUUCACACGCGAUCUGGCGCGCGGACGCUGAGUCGCAAAGCGAUUGGAGUGCGGACGAGUUUCAUUCGUCGAAUCACGUCUGGCACUGA